AUGACCGGGAUUAACCCAGGAGCGAUGCGCCACUACAACGCGGUGAGGCUGACGCUAAUCCCCAACAAGGAGGCUGCCGAGGACGGAGCCGCCAAUAGCCGGAGCAGGAGCAGCAGCCGCCAGACCAGAAACCAUGACCCGCCUGGAAUUCAGCAGGGCAGUUCUCCAGAGAGGUAUGGGCUUUGUGCCAUCUGACCUGAAUUGCCUGGUGAAACCCCUAGGGCCACAGGAAUCAUUUGAAGCCAGUUUCAAGACCCUCCAGUUAAUAGAACAGUUUUGGUUAAAAUACAAAAAUUGCCUUUAACAGACUAAGAACAUACCCCCUUUCUGACACAGAAUCCAAGGUAGUUACAGUACAGCUUCACAAUGAAUGCAUCCAGGACUAUGACAUACAAGUUUGGAUAAGCAGGUUCACCACCCUCAAGUCAGCGGCUAGGAGGGUCCUGGACGAAGACAACGUCUGGACUGGGGCACGAAAAUGGCUGGUCCAGUUAAGACCGGACCCAACCGGAUUGGGCAGAGUCCAACACCUCCCUAGCAUCAUCAAGGGGCUCCAUCCAUUACUAUGGCAUGCCCAAACUGUGCAAGAACUAUGGCCAACUGGGCCAUCUGGCCGCAGCCUGCAAAGCUAUCAUCUGUAA